AUGUCUCCACUCUACAUCUCGACGCAAGUGGACCAGACAAGGAGCGGGGCAGGUCUGUUGCUUCCUUUACACACCCACCCUCCGGAAGUUGGGGUCACUUUUGCUUUGUGUUCGUGCCCUCUAUUUGCGGCUCACGUGAUGUCGUUGUCGUUGUCGUCGUAGUUGUGAUGUUGCCCUCCCUCGUCCGUGUGGGGUGGACUGGAAAACUCUGGGUGGACUGGAAAACUUUGGGCGGGGGAAGACGUGGUAUGUAUGUGGUGUCGCGUAUGCACAGGUAGUAGACUUGGGUUCCACCUUUCUUUCCGCUUUUCCUUUUUGAUGUGGUCGUCUGUGUAGUGCACCUUUGUAAUCUUGGCGCUUUGUUCGGCUGACUGGUCUAAUGGCGACAGAGGCGCACCGCAAGCUGCUUUCGCAAGCGGAAAUCCCCACCGAACAGCUGAAAAAAAGGACAAGAGUCAUGACGGGUUUCUUGCUCUAGCUGCUUUUGACUCUUUCAGCAUGUGGACACAGCAUGGAGAACUGAAGCAAGGGCUGGAUGACUUUAGUGCUGUACAGCAGUAGCAGUUAUGUCUAGUACUAAUAGCGGUACCACCUGUUACGGCGCCACUCUCUUUAACGUUUCAUUCUUCGAGUAGUGUAGUGCUUUGUUUAUUGCGAGCAUAGAUUCCCACUUUCGAUUGAAUCCCAAAUGUGAUGCGGGGGGAUUGUAUUUGCUUUUGUGGGCCAUGGUGACUUGGUUGCGAUGUCGGUCGUUGGCGCCCCCGGGAAGGAAAAUUCUUCGAAUGGGCUAGAUUUUUAUUGUUUUUUUGGCGUUUUCUUGUUCGUUUGAUCACACACACACACUGCUUU